AGCAAUGCCUCAGUCAUGGUACAUGGGAUUAGUGUUAUGAUUUCUGUGACAUUAUUAUCAUUUGUCCGAGACGGGGAUGGUGAUGUCUCCGACGCUAUAGAUUCCGAUGAAGACAGUGCGCUGAAAGACGCAUUACUAUUGGUGGACAUCCUGAAAUCAGCAUACGUCAAAGUUUUAAAAGAAAAUGGAGAUCUUCGUGCGGGCUCUGAUACUACUGCAGAAUUAUCGACGUGUCCUACAACUAUAGCGACAAACACUACACCGAUAAGAAAUGUGUCAACAAUCCGUGUUCCACUCACUCAACCGAUAUCGUCGCCAGCAACAUGGGACGCCGUUAGCGACAAAAAUUCAUACAACUGGUCGCCACCACCUUUCUACCGUUCGAAUCCAAGGAACUAUAGAAGAUAUCCUCCGAUGUACUACAGACGCUACAUAAACAUGAACAGGCCAUUGGAUUAUUACUACUACGAUUUAGACAAGUUUCGACGGUUCAACUAUGAAGACGCAUUUGGAGCCCAUCCAAAUGAAACAGCUACUAAGGAUGUUGGGGCACAUAAGAAAACUACAUCAUCUAUUGGGACGACAUUUACUACAAUGGAAGCAAAAUUACUAUGCCGACAUCGAUCCAGCCAAAAUCCAAAGGAGUUUCAAGUCAGACGAAAUCAAUUUCACUAGAUAAACCCAAAAAAGUUUCUCAAAGUUCAGGAGAAGAAAACCAGAAAUUAAAAUUGAUGUUGCA